UAUUUUCGUUUUAAAUAUUUUAAUCACAAUUAAUCUAUUUUAAUUUAUCAUAAUACUUUUGUAAUUGUUUCAAUCUGAGUGUUGUUUAAUUUAUGCUACUCUAUAAACAAUUUAUUUUUUAUUACGUGACUUGAUUUAUAAAAGAUUUCCACUUAUUAUUUACAGUGAGCACCAUCUGCAUUCAUCAUGCCACGUGAAAUCAAAGAUAUCAAGGAUUUCUUGCUGAAGGCGAGACGACCGGACGCCAAGUCGGUGAAAAUAAAGAAGAACUCUGAGAAUGUGAAGUUCAAGGUGCGGUGCUCACGAUUCCUGUACACCCUGGUCAUCACUGACAAGGAGAAGGCAGAAAAGCUGAAGCAGAGCUUACCUCCCGGUCUUCAAGUUAAGGAAGUAAAGUAAAAUGACUUAGGCUAUAAUUAUUAAAAAAAUUGCAAAAUC